UAAAUAUUUACAUUAGAAAUGGUCUUAGCACUAAUUUUUAUUUACCUCAACCUUAUCAUCACUUAUAGGUCAAAAUAUGGUGUCUGAUUUAUACUUCCAAUGCUUAUGUGUUCAUGACUAUUGAUUUCUGAUUUAUAUGGUGUCUGGCCUUCAACGAGUAAUAAAAUUCAAUUCAAAUUGGACCGGACUCCGGUUGAGCAGAACUAGGCUAACCCGUCUGACACUCGAAUGCUUUUAAAUAACUAGAUUGAACAUAUUGUUUGCAAUUGCAAGUGUAGUUGUGGGUUUAGAAUUUUUUGUUGGAUAAAUUUUUGAGCAACGUUGGAGAUUUGAAUACAAUGAAAAUGAGAUUCAAUUUAAAGCAUGUAUGUUACGGAUAAAAAAAAGUAAUGUAUAGCUAUUUUUUCUUGUUGUACCCGUUACCGCAAAUUUAUGUUUUAAGCUUGGCAAAUACAUAUUACAUAAUUUGAUCACCCAUGCAAAUCAAAGCGGAUAAGAGAUACUGUUGACUUUUUGGACUAUCCUAGUUCCAAUGGUCAAAGAGGGUUUGCUUAGUUGCUAUACCUUCAAAUGCCAAUCAACUUCCACUCGUUUGUGUAUCUCCGAGUUAAGAAUACACUACUAUAUACUAUAUGUAACAAAAUAUAAUAUAUGCUUAUAUCAUUCAAGUAUAUUAUAAUGAACCCACUAAAAGAUAAAGAUAAACUACAUGUAACUUAAUAAACAAGGAAAAAUAUACUAUUUAAGUAAUCAUUCUCCUAUAAAUUCACUACCUCAACUCACCACCUCUCACAAACUCAAAAACAAUUUGUGUCUUCUUUUUAUAUAUUCUCCAUUACCAGAAAAAAUACAACCCAAAUAGAAAAUCAACAUUCUUCAAAGCAAUGGACCAAGAACAAACCCCACAGAGCCCAACCGGCCAUAGUCGUUCACCCUCAUCCUCGGCCUCCGGUUCCACCUCAGCAGAACCGGUUCGGUCACGAUGGUCACCUAAACCGGAACAAAUACUCAUACUUGAGUCGAUCUUCCACAGUGGUAUGGUUAACCCUCCCAAAGAAGAGACGGUAAGAAUAAGAAAGAUGCUCGAGAAAUUUGGCGCGGUGGGAGAUGCAAAUGUCUUUUAUUGGUUUCAAAACCGGCGGUCAAGAUCCCGUCGGAGACAGCGACAGCUCCAGGCCGCAGCUGCAGCCGCGGCCGCAACCACCAACACUUGUGACCAGACCAUGAUGGUGAGCAACAGCUUACCACAUCAUAGUGGGAGUGAUUUGGGGUUGGGAGGGUGUAGCACUUCUUCUAAUUACUUAUUUGGUGGGUCAUCUCAAGUUCCUUCCUAUUUUCUUGGUCUCUCUUCUUCUCCUCCUUGUUCAAGCUCUUCUUCCACUUCUUCUUCAGCUAGCUCUUCCUCUUCUUAUGGUGGUGGAUGUGAUAAUCAAAGCAAUAGUGGCAUGGAGAAUCUCUUAACAAUGUCAGGCCAAAUGAGUUAUCAUGAAGUUAAUCAUCAUCAUUACCAAAAUCAUAGCUCAAAUGUCGCAUCGAUUUUGUGCCCAUCUGAUCAAAACUCCAAUUUUCACUACCAACAAGGGGCUAUAACGGUGUUUAUCAACGGAGUUCCGACAGAAGUGACGAGAGGAGGAAUAGACAUAAAAGCAACGUUUGGAGAAGAUUUGGUUUUGGUGCAUUCCUCAGGUGUUCCUCUUCCUACUGAUGAGUUUGGUUUUUUGAUGCAUAGCUUACAACAUGGUGAAGCUUAUUUCCUGGUUCCAAGACAGAUAUGAACUGGCUUUAGUCUUAUGUGUGGUGAUGCAACAGAUGCCAUGUUUUUCUACCUUGGACUUUAUUGCAACGGUCAAUCCAUUUUUUCUUUUCUUUUUGAGUCUAUCGUGUAAUCAAAUUAAGUUUUUUUUUUUUUUUUUUUUUUUUUUUUGAAGAUAAAGUCAAAAGCUCUCGUAAGACGAAGAGAUCUAGUUUGUAUCAAUUUUGUUAAUUAGAUGUAAAAUAUGUAUAACUGAUUGGCAAUAAAAUCUCUGUUUAGGGA